AUGCUGACAAGGUCAUCCCGCAGCUCUCUUGCACGGGUCUUCCUGUCUGCUCGAUCAAAUUCGUCCGUCUCCGCAGACUCCGCAGCUGCAGCUACUACUGCCUCGCCCGAGGCCACAGUGCCGAAGCCAAAGCGAUCAAUACCGUUGGCCAGUUUGUUUGGGGACAUUGAGAUUCCGGCUAGCGCUGCAGCUCCUGCGGCGAAGGCCAAUGCUCCACGAACGCCCCACGACUUCACCCCGGACUUGAGCUGGCUCGCGGACGAUGAGUUUGACGGACGUGCUCCCUUAUCCAGCAGACUGGCACGGUCGCGACCGAACAAUCGCCCUGAUGCACAGGCAACUGAGCCCAAAUUUCAAGCUGGUCGUCUUCACGUUCCUCCCACUCUCCCCAAGGCACGAUCCGAUGCACCCAAGCAGCAAGGCAGGCCAUGGCAAGGGCAAGCUCCUUUCACACGAGAGAAGCAAAUGAGGAACGUUCGGUCCAGGCCAGCGGAAGGAACGGAUGGUCAGAGAAGAGAUGAACGGCGGGACAGAGGACAGCAGGUCGACAAGCGACAAGUUGGUCCACGGAAGCAACCCCGCGAGCGGCAGGAGGAUACUCCACCCCAGCGGGCUCGCGUGCGAGACGUUGAAGCCAGAGCAGGAGAGAAAAGGAGGAGCCCACAGGUGGUGGACGUCCGUCGCGCAACAGAGCCUCUGCCUAUGAAGAUACAGACCACUGACUUGGAGAAGCUCUUCGGACCCGCCGAAUCUGCACGGCCAGCGGUUCCCAUGACCGCUAGUGAUGCGUCUGCAGGAGCUACCAACGCUGUCGCCGGCCGCAUCCAGGCCGGCUUGGAGAACGUUGGCGGGGACUACUCGCGCUACCUCCCCGCAGACCUUGCCGCUGCUAUUAAACUGCCCGAGACCCUCGGACCCAUCAGCACCGCGCGUUUGGGCAUGGCCAGGAAGCGCGACGCUAGCCUGAAUAUGCGCAGCAAUGCCUUAGGGAUUAUACAGAACCUGGUGGUGCAGAAGGUUGCGAGCACGCAGAUUGAAGUACGGCCGUGA